AUGGAGAAAAACAAUAGUAAUAAAAAAAUUCGUUCCGCUUUCGAGCUAUUCAAAAACUUUUUUGACAUCGAGGUACAACGUAAUAAACUCAAUAUUAAAAAUUCACGUGUAGCAGCCAAAAAGAUAUGGAAUAAGGCACCGCAAAAUUUUAAAAAAAGUUUUGUGGAAAAAGCAAAACAUUACCAUGGAAGCUCGCAACAAAAUGAAGCAACGUUGAGAUGUUUCAAUGGAAAUAAUGACGUAAAAGCCUAUAUAGAUUGUGCUUUGUUAUCGAACAGAACAGACACACCUCUGGAUUAUGGUGAGUCUUCCGCUGGUUUGAGUGCAAGCGAUAAUAUCGUCGACCGGGAAGAGACCCCACCGCCUGAACCUCAAGUUGAAGAACCAGUAACGCUUCAGCGUAUUUUAAUCGACCCACAAUUCUUGAAUGUUGGUGGUCCUUUUAAUCAUCAAGACGACAUGAAUACAAAUGGAGUUUUUGACGUUAUUAGCGGGAACAAUUCAGUCGGAUACUAG